AAUGAUCAUCUUUUCGGGGCGGGUGUGAGUGUGGGCGCAGAUAUAGCUGAGAUCUCGAGAUAUAUCUCAGGGGGUUGAUAAGAGAUUUUCAUUUUUCCUCAGCUCAGUCACAAAGCGAACGGCGACUGGGAAAGUUCAUGCGAUAAAAAUAAUCAAACGGAUAAUCACACAAAAUAAUAGAUUGGACAGAAAAAAUAUAACAAAAAGUACAAGUGCCUGGCCUGAAGUGGAGAAGAACCUUGAAAACUGCAUUCAAAAAAUAAAAAUAAAUAUUAAAGUAAAUUCUAAGUAAACUACAUGUGCCAUAUGAUAUACAAAGGAAUAUGAAAAUAUAUUACAAACAGCAGCAAGAACUGGCUUAGUUCGUCUUGAUGAUCACAAAUUUCAAUUGAAUUUAAUCAAAAUCCCACAAAAAGAGAGAAAUCGUAAAAAGCUAACUAAGCGGGAGAUUUAAUUUUGAGUGUCUCGUCAUGUAUUAGUGUGAGUGCUUUGUGUCUGUGUUCGAGUGGGUGUGUGUGCGUGUUUUGACCGAGAAACCCUAGAUCGUUGGCCGUUGGCCGCUUUUCAUUGAAUCGAACAUCAAAACUGUCAACAAAAAGCGGUUAAAAUGGGUAAAAUGGUCAACGAGGAAAUGGCCACAGAGCCAAUAAAAGCCGAAAAGGUCGAACUAUCGCGUUUCGGGGAGUUCUGCCAGCGCCAUGGAAUUAAUCCUAACCUGAUCAUGCUGAAAAUAACACUUUUCGUGAUGUAUGGCGCGACUUCCUCCCUACUGCCCUACCUGACGAUUCAUAUGCAGUCGAUUGGCCUCACGGUGGAGGAGAUUGCAAUUAUCUACCUGGCCCUGCCCUUCACCACAUUUCUUAGCCCGCCCAUAACAGGUUUCCUCGUUGACAAAUUUGGCAAAUACAAACCGGUCGUUGUGAUGAGUCUGCUGCUGAAUGCGAUUUUCCAUCACUCGCUGCUCUUUAUACCGCAGCAGGAGAUUCCGGGCGUGGUGCCCUCGGCGUUCGUAUUGAGACAUCCAGAUAGCGGCGAUAUUGAGGUUUGGUGGUCUCCAUGCCCGAGCAGAGAAUGUCCCGAGGAACCAGAGCUGGAAUUGGCCGUGCACCAGUGCGUCGACUAUUGUUUGAUGCAGGAGCAAGUUAAUCCGCAGCUUUACACGAGUACUUCCCCCUAUGCCCCACCACCAAGCAGCACCCCCAGGUCCGCCCCAUCCAGCACAACCACCACAAUGGCAACCACAACGAGUGGUGCAGUGGUGGGCAUGGAAUCGAGUACAUCACAACCCCCGGCCACAUCGACCACCACAUCGCCGGCGUCAUCAUUGCCAGCAUUAUUCGCAACGCAAACGAGGAGCAGAUACCAAGAAGUACUUAAUAUGUCAUCGACCAUGUUCCCGCCAAUGUCCCAACUGAAGGAACAGCCCCUGGACAAGGGCACGGACCAGGAUCUAGGACUGGGGCUGGGGCUGGUGCCGGGGCAGUCAUCAUCAGCCGAGCUGUCAGCCUUGUCCAUGCAGGGAUUGAAUUUUACCACAGAUGCCACCAAAACACAAAAUGAGACAAGCAGCAGUUGGGUGCACUCCGACAAUGAUGAUGCCACAUACUUUAUGUUGCAAAUGCAUCCUGAUCUGGCCGAUCCCACGGAGCAAUUGGGUAUGGAAAUCGAACAGGAUGCCAACGAAACAGUCACGGAUAUCCUUCAGCGAUUCGGUCAGGAUAACUUGGUCAAGGGCUACAUAAAUCUCACCGACAUGGACGAUCUUGAUCUCAGAUGCGGUGGCUUGGUCAGAAGGACGAAUAUAUCGAAUGCCGGGCCGGGGGCAGUCAAGUGCAUGAUGCAGCGUUGCACCUUCACCAUGAAUGCUCCGGAAAUCUGUCCACCGGACUACAAGGAAACCGAUGAGAUUAUUUUCUGGGUUUACUUUCUGUUGAGAUUCUUGGCCACCACCAUGCUGUCGGCCGGAGUCACCAUCAUGGAUCCCAUUGCCCUGACCAUGAUUGAAAAGUAUGGCGGUGAUUUUGGUCGUGAACGUUUAUUCUCCAGUAUCGGCAUGGCUAUAUUUUCCCCGAUAACUGGCAUUAUGAUAGAUUACUCUUCGCGGGGCCUGGGCUAUACGGAUUACUCGGCUGCCUUCUAUACGUACGAUGUCCUGCUGGUGAUAUCCACCAUGUCGGUGCUAAUGAUGCCGCUGGGAGAGAAACUGCCGGCGGAUAAUGUAUUCAGAGACCUGUGGAACCUUCUGAAGAUGCCUCAUGUCAUUGCCUUUAUUAUAUUCUUGUUUGUUCUCGGAAACUUCUGGGGCUUCAUAGAAAGUUUUCUGUUUCUGUAUCUUAAAGAAUUGGGUGCUCCUAACUAUUUGUUGGGUAUCACCAUUACUGUGGGCACUGUGAGCAGUAUACCUUUCCUUUACGGAGCGGAGAAAAUCACACGCAUCUUUGGCCACGUUAACCUGAUUAUCAUUGCGUUCUUCUCGCAUGCCGGCCGCCUGGUGGGCUACUCCUUCAUCGAGAAUGCCUGGUGGUGCUUUCCGUUCGAGGCCAUGGAGUCGUUAUCCUGCCAUCUUAUGUGGGUGGCGGCGGCAACUUACUGCUCGAUCCUGGCCCCAAAAAGUUUACUGGCCACUUUGAUUGGUGUCCUGGGCAUGGCUCAUUUCAGUUUGGGACGAGGUAGUGGCAGCUUCACUGGCGGUCUCCUUAUUGGUCAGUUUGGCACUCGAGAUGCUUUCCGGUACAUGGGACUCCUGGCCGUGGUCGGUGGCAUCGCCUACGGCCUCCUCCAUCUGAUUUGGCUCCGUAAAUUCGAUCAUACCACCGAGGAGUCCGAGGAGGAGGUGGAGGCGAUUGAAAAUGGUGAAACCGAGAAACUGACUGAGCCCGCUACCAAGGAGCAGGGCACCUCGAUGUCCUUGGAGCGAUUGAGUUUGAUGAUUAAAUACAAUCAGAUUGGCAGUUUGUCAUCACUGCCGAGGGGAUCGAGGGCCGACAUUCACGACCAUCUUUCAGUGCGCCGGAGCAGCUACAACGUAGAGUCCCUGAGGGGAGUGCCCCGCCAUGGAAACAUUGGAAGUGCCUCGAAAGUGGAUAUCCUGCGCUCCGCGUUGGAGAUUAAUCACAAGUCCUCGAACAACUCGAUGCUGAGCAAGGCCGAUAAUAAGACGUCGAAUCAAUCAUUGGGCCGCAAUCGGGCCGACAGUGCCCCGAAAUUGAAUCACAGCAAUCUCAAGAAUAUUUCCCAGCCAGCCCUUGAGGGUGUCGUCCUGGAGGGCGUGGAAUCAACAUUUUUUCCCAGCCGCAUGAAAAAGUAUCCAAGUGGUUUGUUAACUUCAAUACCCGCUGUGGAUUUAUCCGUAAUACCCAGCUCCAUGUUAAUGGAUCAGGAGGGCCGUAAGGUCAUUCCUGAGGAGACGGAGCUACACAAUUCCAAGACGACCGUGAAUUUGGGCGACGAAAAGGCGGAAUCCCCUCCCCAGAAGGCUAAUGGAAAUGGCACAAGCCCAGCGGAGCCAAAUGAGGAUGAGGUUGUCCACUCCGAUGACUCUUGAUAGAACAAGCAUCAUACGGGGCGAAUGAGUGAUAUUAUUAAACAAAACCAAAAGUAAACAAAAGAAUGGAAAUGGCAUCGGAAUUGAUAAACCAAAACUAUUGUUUAGUUUUACAAUGUACAUGUGUGUGUUAUGUUAUAUAAAUGUAUAUGUCGAUGUGUAUGUAUAAAUUAUGCAAAAACACAAAAACUGAAUAAAAACCCAAA